CUCCUCCUCCUCCUUUUCUUCCUCCCGGUUUGCGGUUUGUUAGAGGAGUUAGAGAGCUUCACCUCAGUUUCCGGUCCGAUAUUUUAAGACGUUAAGUUUACCGAGAGCUGUGUUUAACACCUGACCGGAUAGAGAGUCCUAUCUCAGUCUGAUAAACCCGGGUCUGUAUUUACUGCGGAUAUCAAACACAAUGGCAGAUCAGCUGACUGAGGAACAGAUUGCAGAGUUCAAAGAGGCAUUUUCCCUCUUCGACAAAGAUGGAGAUGGCACCAUCACCACCAAAGAGUUGGGAACUGUGAUGCGCUCACUUGGUCAGAACCCCACAGAGGCUGAACUGCAGGACAUGAUCAAUGAGGUCGAUGCUGAUGGCAAUGGAACAAUAGACUUUCCAGAGUUUCUGACCAUGAUGGCCAGGAAAAUGAAGGAUACCGACAGUGAAGAGGAGAUUCGAGAAGCCUUCAGAGUCUUUGACAAAGAUGGAAAUGGCUAUAUCAGUGCAGCCGAACUGCGCCACGUCAUGACUAACCUUGGCGAGAAGCUGACAGACGAGGAAGUUGAUGAGAUGAUUCGAGAGGCUGACAUUGAUGGUGAUGGGCAGGUGAAUUAUGAAGAGUUUGUGCAAAUGAUGACUGCAAAGUGAAGGCUGUUUUCCAUUUUGUCUCUCUUUUUACAUCGCUUGUCCUACUAAGAUCACUUUGUCUUUAGAAAAUAACUGAUCAGAAGUUUACUUCAGUGAAAAUACAGAAUUUCAAAUUUUACAGAUACCAACCGAAAUAAAACUAGUGUAAUUUGUUGAGAAAAAUCGCAGCAGAUGUGAAUGGACCAAGCAUAACUGCAUGAGCCAUUUCGGAACAGACUUCUUUGUCUGCCACAAUUUGAAGACCGCAGCACUUAAAAAUGAAAUGACAUACAUGUGUAGGCUGUGGUCAACGUUUCUCUUCAAAAACGUUUCAAAUAACCGAAUAAACUGCGGCUUAAUAAAAGCUGCAUUCAAUUAGAUAACAAUUGCAUGCGCCCUUUGUGGUGAAGUCAUGCUUCGACUCUUAUCUCUACUGCACUGAUCCAGUCUAAAAAUUAAAAGGUAGCACAACUGGAUGUUUAUACACAGAUACUGUAUUAUACAUCAUAAUGUGUACAAAAAAAACAUCUUCAGAUUAUGUAUCACUGAAGUUUGAUGCUACUGAGCAGAAUUUUCAUGUUGGCCAGCAGCUAGAUUUGACUGGUUGGUCUGUUGUAAUGGGCGGUUGUGUGUGCUGGCUCAAAACUUUACACAGGCACUGAUGUAUAAAGUACAUGGACUGAAGAGCUGAAUAUAGGUUGACUAAUGCAAAUGGUGUGACUGAAAAUAUGGAGAUUAAGUCAUCAAUGCUAUUUAUCAGUGUUGAGCUUUUUAAAUGUAACGUUUUCCACCGUGCUUGUCUGGUGAACUUUGCAUCUCCUGUUGUUGUAAUAGCAUGAUCUGUGUGUUUGUUUUAAUCAUGGUUUUGAGAUGUGCCAUAUACUCUUAAACCACAGUCUUCUCUCAAAACUUUUAGUGACUUAGGACAUAUAUAAACCGAUGAAUAUGUACACACAAAAUUAUUUGCAUUUUGGUGUUGAAACAAAAAGUAUGUUCAUUUACAGACGGAGAUGCCACUCCUAUAACUAAUCGUUUGUCUCUUGCUUUUGUGGGUUCGUCAGAGCUUCUUGUUCAGUCUCUAAAUCUCAUCUGCGCUUUGCUUGCAGUACGACUG